UGAAAGAGCAAGCAUGUCUGGUCGAGGGAAAGGAGGCAAAGGGCUGGGGAAAGGGGGCGCCAAGCGGCACCGCAAAGUGCUCCGCGACAACAUCCAGGGCAUCACCAAGCCGGCCAUCCGCCGCCUGGCUCGUCGCGGGGGUGUCAAGCGCAUCUCGGGCUUGAUCUACGAGGAGACCCGUGGGGUGCUGAAGGUCUUCCUCGAGAACGUCAUCCGCGACGCCGUCACCUACACGGAGCACGCCAAGAGGAAGACGGUCACCGCCAUGGACGUCGUCUACGCCCUCAAACGCCAGGGGCGCACCCUCUACGGCUUUGGCGGCUGAACAGCUCACCGGCGGCAGCAACAACCAGCCCCGGAUCCGCCUCGGCAACAACCAAAGGUCCUUUUCAGGACCACCCACCUUUUCACUAAAACGGCUGCUUUUGCUUAAGAGGGAAGUUUUUUACUAAUGCAGUAUUUUCUUCCCGGUCAUUUAUGAAAGAAAUAAAACAUUGCUAUUCACUUCAUAUUAGAUUUAUAAAACUAGUCAACCGGAAAAAGAACGAACGCCUGCCCCAUAAGUGUGAUCCUCUUUGCUGAGUGAUAGAAUUUAGUCAGUGCCUGUUCCUUUUAGGCGUUUUAUGUUUGAGCUACAACAGAGGGAAUUCCCAGGUAGCAGAGUGGCGCAGCGGAAGCGUGCUGGGCCCAUAACCCAGAGGUCGAUGGAUCGAAACCAUCCUCUGCUAAUUUUGCCAUCCCACUUUCACUUGUUCUUAGCCCCCCCCUCUAACAUUAUAUUUUUGAUUAAAAAUCAUGAAAGACCCCCCCCACCCUCAUUUGACAUGUCAUGUAGAUUAUGAUGCAAACCAGUUUAAUAACUGCAAAACAUAUCAGACAUUUGAGGAUGAAACUCAUGAUUCUGCAUUGCGUGCCCUACUGUGAGAUUUUUUUUCCCUGUUUGCACUAACUUUAAAAGGAUGGGUGGGAUAUCCUGGAAAAUACGGCUUAGUGGGGAGG